AUGAAAACAAGAGCUGAAGUGUGGAAAGAGCUUAUGUACAAUCCUGUCCUUCAGGAUUUCAACUCUCUAUGUAUUUCUGAAAUUCCAAGCGAUGCACUCCAGAACAUUGAAGUGGACAUCGAGCGAUCCGUUGAUUCCAAGUCUCUGCCCAUGGAAGAAUUUAAUUCUGAAAUUCGGAAAUACGAUGUCAUAGAGCGGAAAAAAGAGCUAAAGCAUGUUCUGGUGGCAUUUGCCAAGCAUAAUAGCUUGAUUGAGUAUUGCCAGGGCCUUUCCUACUAUGCUGCCUUUCUUCUGCAUUUUUUCACGCCCGAAGAAUCUUUUUCUAUUCUAUGCCAUACUAUUCAGAAGAAUAGAAUAGAAAGACUCUUUGAUAAAAAGCUUUCAUUAGUUUCAAAAGUGCUAAGUGUGCACGGGCGAGUGCUUAAUCUCACCCUUCCAGAGGCCAUUCGAAAAAGCAUCCAUGCAAUUAGCAAUUCAACACAUGACUAUUCUGCUGGGUGGUAUCUUACGCUCUUUUCCAGGCUAUCGCCUAGUAUAUAUGCAAUGAUACUUGAUCUGUUUUAUACCCAGGGAUUCCCCGUGCUGUUCCAUGCUGCAUCUGCGUUAGUGGAGGUUGGCCACAGGAGAUACAUAACCGAUGCAAUUAAAGAGCAGGAUCAGAGAAUGCAGAUCCUUUUUAAGCUAGCUGAGUACCCGCUCCCCGAGGACGAGUUUAGAAGUGUAAUGCAUCGAAAUAUGCAAAUGGUCAGCCUGGCAACUAUUGAGCACAUGCUGCAUGAAGCCAAUAUCUAAAAUAAACUAAAGC